CUGCUGGAGCGCUCACAGGAUUGCUGGUCAGAUGGAACAUUCAAGACUUGCCCACGACCAUUUGCCCAACUCUACAGCAUCCACAUCAGAGUUUAUGAUAUAAACAGGCCUGUAGUUUUUGCAUUGCUUCAUGACAAAUCUCGAAGAACAUACCAGCGUCUUCUUCACCGUUUGCUGCAACGUUGCCCGAAUUGGAACCCCCGAACAUGGAUGGGUGACUUUGAGCAGGCUGCCAUCCAAGCCGUGAUGACAGUGUUCCCCCAAGUCACAUGGACAGACUGCCUGUUCCACCUCACUCAAUCCAUGUGGAGGAAUGCCCAGUCCUUUGGCUUGACAAGGAAUUUCGAUCGAGAUGGAGAGAUGUCACUGUGGAUGAGGACAUUGCCAGCCUUGGCAAUGGUUCCAGAAGAAGAUGUCAUUGGAGCAUUCGAAACUUUG